CCCAUUAUCUUCAUCCUUCAAGAGCACAAAGCUAGAGAAGAAAAUUUAAAAAAUGUGUUCCUCAAAAUCAAAGAACAUGAACCAAGAAGCUAUUUCCCAAAUCAACGGUCGUCCGGUUCUUCAACCGAAAUCAAACCAAGUUCCGACAUUAGACCGACGCAACUCACUCAAGAAAUCUCCUCCUAAGCCUUCAAUCCAUCCCAUUCCAUCAAAGAUACCCUCACCAAGACCAACUUUUCUAAACUCUCCUCCAUUGUCUCCCAAAUCAAAAUCUUUAAGAAACCCGGCCGGUUCUGAGAAGCCUAAACCGGUGAAAUUAUCAGAGAGCACGGAUGGUGGCUGCAGAGAGGUUAUGUCCAUGGUGAUUGCUCAGAAGCAGCCUGGAAGUAUAGCUGCUGCUAGAAGAGAAGAGGUUGCGAUGAAACAAGAAGAAAGAAAGAAGAAAAUCUCUCAUUACGGUAGGAUAAAAUCCGUAAAAUCCGUAAAAUCGAACGAAAAGAACUUAACUGUUGAGCAUGAGAAGAAGAAGAGAUGCAGUUUCAUAACUACAAGUUCAGAUCCAAUCUAUGUGGCUUACCAUGACACAGAAUGGGGAGUUCCUGUUCAUGAUGACAAGCUACUGUUUGAGCUUCUGGUGUUAACCGGAGCUCAGGUCGGUUCCGAUUGGACUUCGGUUUUGAAGAGAAGAAACACUUUUAGAGAGGCUUUCUCUGGUUUUGAGGCAGAGUUGGUCGCAGAGUUCAACGAGAAGAAGAUACACUCAAUAGUUAAUGACUAUGGCAUUGGCCUUAGCCAAGUCCUUGCAAUUGUUGACAACUCUAAACAAAUUCUUAAGGUAAAAAGAGAUUUCGGGUCAUUCAACAAAUACAUAUGGGGAUUUUUGAAACACAAACCGGUCACCACAAAAUACACAUCUUGUCAAAAGAUUCCGGUUAAGACAUCGAAAUCGGAGACCAUAAGCAAAGACAUGGUUCGUCGUGGGUUUAGAUUUGUUGGUCCGACCGUUAUACAUUCGUUAAUGCAAGCUGCUGGUUUAACCAACGACCACUUGAUCACUUGUCCUAGGCAUCUCGAGUGUACGGCCAUGGCGGCUCUAUAGGCAAAAAGAUCAUUGCUAUUGUCUCAUUUUGGUUGUGUAAUUAAAUAAUAUCGAUUAUUGUAGUACUAUGUCUAGCAUGUGAUUUAUAGAUUUGAGGUCCUAACUUUAGGUAUUGAUUUUUGUACAAAGGCCUUUUUGUAUGUGUGUGUGUGAUUUUGCUUUGAAUUUAAUAUAUUUAUAUAUGUGUGUUUAUAUUUUUAUUUUAGUUUCUUUAAUUUGUUUUUGAGGUUGAUAGUUUGUGGGAUAUGGGAAUAAUGUAAAGAAGGGAGACAGAGCAUGUGCAAAAGUUAAGAA